AAACUGGGGGCCAAAACUACCCAUCUUUCAUCUUUCCUUUCUAUCCUAAGAUAUUCUCCCAUUAUAUAUUGCUACCAUCACCACCACAAACAAUCAAACAACUUGCACUAUUAAAUUCUCCAUUACUCUUCAGUUAUUCAAACCCUAAUUUCCAUACAUAUUAUCUUCUGCAAAUAAGAAAUGAGUUCGUCGAGGAGAGCUUGGUUGGUAGCGGCGAGCGUCGGAGCAGUAGAAGCACUGAAAGAUCAGGGAUUUUGCCGGUGGAAUUAUGGUUUCCGAAAUGUCCAGCAGCACGCCAAGGCAAAUCUCAGAUCUUACAUUCAGGCCAAAAAUCUCUCCUCUGCGGCGGUGACGCCGACAAAGCAGUUGAAGCAGUCGGAGGAGUCUCUUAGAAAAGUCAUGUACUUAAGCUGUUGGGGCCCCAAUUAAUAACAUCCAACAUCUUGUAUAUAUAUACACCAAUUUCUAUUAUCAAUCAAAUUAAUUUGGGGCUGAA